UUCGAACAUGUAUGUACACUACACUACACUACACAUCCACACAUCCACACGUCCACACAUCCACACAUCCACACGUACCCACAUGCUCAUUCAUACACGCAUAUGCACACAUACAUAUACACAUGCCACGCCCAGGCGCCCUGGCGACGUCAGACCCCCGGCCUCAGCUGGAUGCGGUGGGGUUGCCAGAAGACGAUGGACCCCAAGCAUGCGAAACAGGGCAUUUGCAGUGCAGCCCAACAUCCACGCACCCGGCCAUGGUGCGUGCAAAGGACCGCGGGCUGCUGCCCUGGAUACAUAAGUUCCCAUGUACUGGGGCAAGUCCUAUGCCCGAAGGCGUGCCGACCGCCUGCCGGUGCUAGCAACGGCACCGCUUCCGAAUGACAACGGGCCGCUUGGGCGACGCACGCUCUCGGGCCAUAGUUGUAGUAGCGAGCCAAACAUAGAAACCCUCUGCGCACAAACACCUGCCGCCUGGGGGGCCACGCUGAGGAUAGGCAACAGGCGCCCUUUGUGGCGGUGCCAGACCCCCGUAUUCCAAGGCCUCGAUGGCACCAGCUCUGUUCUCACAUGCCAUCCUGUCCAGGCCGUCUAUGCCGAGAUCACUCGUCCACAGCUACUUUCCGUCUUGUACACCUCCGGCCCACCCGGGCCUGACGCAGAGAGAUUGGAUAGCCCACGCUGUCCAGAAGGGCCAGACUCGACACGGUAUGGCUCUUCGUCUCGAGCGGGAAACCGCAAACGCCACCAACCCUCGACAUGGCACCUCAGGGCGUUCGUCAGUGCUCGCAUAACUUCCCCUCCCAGUGCCGUAUACAGACAUGCCAGUCGUCCCCGGUGGGGGGUGGCCUCCGACUCCUCUCAGCGAAUGGCUGUCGAAAACAGGUUGACGCUCUGGAUCAUGACCACAAUCUAGUCCUCACUGAGCAGGGCAAGCAUGCCUGCCAUCACCCCACUUGAGACAAUCGCGCAAUACUUACUGAUGUGUGGAUACCCCCGGCCUACACCAGGUAUUGCGGGUGCAUGUUCUGUGGCUAGUCAACGGCCGGAGGGCUAGCACUGUCAAAGACCGGGUUGCGCAUCCUUCGAGGCACCAAUCAGUCCCCCCAGCCGCAAAGCCGGGAAAAGCGCUCUGCCUCUGUUGGGUCA